AUGUUCUCCAAGUUCGCUGCUCUCUUCGCUCUUGCUACCCUUGCCGCCGCCGCUCCCUGGGACACUCCCCCAGUCACUCCCCCAACCUCGCCCCAGUGCUGCACGAGCGUUCAGAGCUCCACCAGCAGCGCCGUUAGCGCCGUCGCUGCCCUUCUUGGGCUCGACCUCAGCGGCCUCAAUGUCCCCAUCGGCUUGGGCUGCUCGCCCAUCACUGUGGUCGGAAACAACUGCGGCAACACAACCGUUGUAUGCGAUGCUCCGCAGAAGGAAUGGGGUGGCUUGAUUGCGAUUAACUGCAUCCCUAUCACUUUGUGA